AUGAAAGGCAAGAGCAAGAUCACAAUUCAGUUCGGAUGUUGCUAUAAUUAUGUAUAUGAUAAAAGAAGGAAUCCCCCGGGGAUUAUUCGUCAUGAUGAAGUUGAUCAAUUACCAUCGCUUAUGAAAAGAAUGAUAAAAAAGAUUGUAGAAUGGCGUAUUUUAUCAACAAAUAGUGUACCAAACAGCUGCAUAAUCAAUAUUUAUGAAGAAGGAAAUUGUAUACCACCCCAUAUUGAUAACCACGAUUUCGUGAGACCCUUUUGCACUGUGUCUCUCGUCAGCAAAUGCAAUAUAAUGUUUGGGAAAGAAAUACGGGUGGUUGGUCCAGCUGAAUUUCUUGGAGCGGUGGAAAUUCCUCUUCCUGUUGGCUCGGUCCUGGUUCUCAAAGAAAAUGGAGCAGAUUUGGCAAAUCAUUGUGUACCAGAGGUUUCGCAAAAAAGAAUAUCAAUUACUUUCAAAAAAAUGGAUGACAGUAAAGUACCAUUUGGAUAUCAGCCUGAUCCAGAACUCGAGGGACUUCGACCCUUGGAAUUAUGA